AUAUAAAAUAUAAUUGGAAAUUGUUUUGUUAUAUUGUGAAUAAUGAAAGUUUAAAUGUAAUUGCUUUGGUGUUAUUUUUAUCCCAAUACAGCUAACAGCUUCAGCAUAAUAAGCACCGCCAUCGAUGGCGGAGGCGGAGUCAUCGGAGGCAGCUGCAACGGCGGUGGCAGAUAAGCAUAGUAAGCCUCGGCGGCUGAAAGGGCACAAGGACUGCACUACCUCCUGUAUUGCCUCACGUGACAGGCCACGUGUCAUCGUCACCUCCGGCGAGGAUGGUCGUGUUUGCUGGUUUGACAUGCGGUGCAAAGAUGUGGCGAGACUGGUUAUGGAUGUUAGCGUGGAACCCGUCACUUCCUUGUGUUUCAAGACUGGGAAUGAAGAUAUGAUUUAUGCCUCCUCAGGAACAGAAAUCAAGUGUUUUGAUGUGCGUCUGGCCACAAAAGAAUGGAAGCCGCUGGAGAAUUAUAAUUAUAACAAAGAGGAGAUAAACAAGGUUGUAUGCAACUUGAAAUCCUCAUUUCUUGCUGCAGCUGAUGAUAGUGGUGAGGUGAAGAUUAUUGACAUUCGCCAGCCAUGCCUCUAUAAAACUCUACGAGCUGGUCAUACAUCUAUAUGUAACACGGUGCAAUUUCUUCCUUGGAGAUCGUAUGAAGUAAUUAGUGGAGGUCUUGAUUCUUUGCUAUUGAUUUGGGACUUCUCCAAAGGGCGAUCACACAAAGUUGUGGAUUUUGGUUCACUUGAGGCAAACAGUAGCAACACUGGCCAGUGUGUCAAUCCUGCUUUUGUUUAUGCAAUAGCUGUUCCAGAAGUUGACAUGCUAGAUAAAUCAGAUAAGAUCUGUGCUGUUGCAAGGGGAGAUGGAGUUGUUAGUGUGAUUAAUAUUGAGUCUGAAAUUGCUGCUAAUAGGUCAAAGAGCUCUUCAAAUUCACGAAAAGGAUCUCAAUCAAUAUCAAAGGAUGGUAUCAGUUCAAGUAGUAAUGUGAAUGCAGGUCAAAACGGAAAUAGGAGAUUGCAUUUGGAUUACACUUUGGGUGGCCAUACUGCAGCUGUUUCUUGCCUGGAAUUUUCAUUGUUUGGGGAAAGAGGGAAGUUCAUAAUAUCCGGAGGAAAUGAUCAGUUGGUGAAGGUAUGGAAUUGGUCCAGUUAUCGUGAUUCUGGAAUAGGCGACAACAAUGAUAUCCUACACUCUACCAUCAAUGUAGGCCAUAAAGUCAAUUCACUGUGUACCGUCCCAGCAGAUACAGACAACCUUGUCGUGUGUGACACAUCUAAAUCAGUAAAGGUCUAUUCCUUGAUAGACAUUAAACAUUUGAGGGAUAUGACGUUGGAACAAGUUAGAAUCAGAACGUACAUUUCAAUAGCUACAAAUGAACCCACUGAUAUAGAACUUCGCAUGCUAAUAGUGAAGUAUCUUUAUCAGGUAGUAUCAGGAACUGGAAAAAUGACCGAGUCUGGUGUUCCUCUAUGCAACAUUUGUGGGGAACAAGUGGGGCUUAAUGAUAAUGGGGAAGUGUUUGUGGCUUGUCAUCACUGCGCUGUCCCAAUUUGCAAGGAUUGUUUUCAGCAUGAAAUCAAUGAGGGUCAUACGGCUUGCUUGAGCUGUGGUGUUCCUUAUCAAGCAAGAACAAACCGCAACGAUGAUGACAUUCUCGAUGAAGAUGAUGAUGUUAUAAUGGUUUCUGAAGAUCACUCCGCAAUGGAUUCUCAGCCCAGUAGUUCUCAGGAUGUUGGACUCCAUGCUAGACAUCUUAGUUCAGUCUCUGCCGUGGAUAAUGAAGUAAAUGAUGAAUCUGGCAAGUCAAGCUGGAAAAGCAGAUUCAAAAGCUGGAAGGGAAAGGAUAAAAAUAGCAAAAAGAAAAAGGCUGCACCUAAGGAUGAAAAUCAGGCCCCAAUUCCACCACAACAGCAUAUGGAAGAUAAACGGCCAACAGAGGGAGAUGCUGCUGCUGUGGCUGCGCCACUUUCAGUACUGAUUCCAAUAUCAAAAUCCAAACUGGCACCAUACAGAAUUGUGAUAAUCAUGCGACUCAUAAUCUUGGGUCUUUUCUUUCAUUAUAGGGUUACAAAUCCUGUUGAAAGUGCUUUUCCUCUGUGGCUGACAUCUAUCAUCUGUGAGAUCUGGUUUGCAUUUUCCUGGGUGUUAGAUCAGUUCCCAAAAUGGUAUCCGGUCAAUAGGCAAACUUUUAUUGACAACCUGUCUGCAAGGUUUGAAAGAGAGGGUGAACCCUGCCAGCUUGCUGCUGUUGAUUUCUUUGUCAGUACAGUGGAUCCUCUGAAGGAACCACCAUUGAUCACAGCUAAUACAGUGCUUUCUAUCCUUGCCAUUGACUACCCUGUAGAUAAAGUGUCCUGUUAUGUAUCAGAUGAUGGCGCAUCCAUGCUCACGUUUGAGUCGCUGGUGGAGACAGCUGACUUUGCAAGAAAAUGGGUGCCAUUUUGCAAGAAGUUUUCCAUUGAACCACGUGCACCUGAAUUUUACUUCUCUCAGAAGAUUGACUACCUCAAAGACAAAGUGCAGCCUUCUUUUGUGAAGGAACGUAGAGCAAUUAAAAGAGAGUAUGAAGAGUAUAAAGUACGGGUCAAUGCUAUGGUAGCAAAGGCUCAGAAAAUGCCCGAAGAAGGGUGGACUAUGCAAGAUGGAACGCCUUGGCCGGGAAAUAACUCUCGUGAUCAUCCUGGCAUGAUUCAGGUUUUCCUUGGACGCAGCGGUGCUCAUGACACUGAAGGAAAUGAACUUCCUAGGCUAGUUUAUGUUUCCAGAGAGAAAAGACCAGGUUAUCAACACCACAAGAAGGCUGGUGCUGAAAAUGCACUGGUGAGAGUAUCUGCAGUUCUCACAAAUGCUCCUUUCAUUCUCAAUCUUGACUGUGAUCACUAUGUUAACAACAGCAAAGCAGUUCGGGAAGCAAUGUGUUUUCUCAUGGACCCAGAAGUUGGUAGAGACGUGUGUUAUGUGCAGUUCCCCCAAAGAUUUGAUGGUAUUGAUCGUAGUGAUCGAUAUGCCAAUCGCAAUACAGUUUUCUUUGAUGUUAAUAUGAAAGGACUUGACGGCAUUCAAGGACCAGUGUAUGUGGGGACUGGAUGUGUUUUCAACCGGCAAGCGCUUUAUGGCUAUAGCCCACCAUCCAUGCCAAACUUACCAUCUUCAUCAUGCUGUUGCUGCCCAUCAAAGUCCAACAAAGAUGUCUCUGAUAUUUGUAGAGAUGCAAAGAGGGCAGAAAUUAGCGCUGCCCUUUGUAAUCUCAAGGAGAUGGACAAUUAUAAUGAGGAUGAGAGGUCAGUGCUGCUUUCACAAACAGGUCUUGAGAAAACUUUUGGCUUGUCUACUGUUUUCAUUGGAUCAACACUAAUGGAGAAUGGUGGGGUUCCUGAAUCUGCGGAUCCUGCCAUGCUGAUCAAGGAGGCAAUUCAUGUUAUUAGCUGUGGAUAUGAAGAGAAGACUGACUGGGGAAAAGAGCUUGGAUGGAUCUAUGGCUCAGUGACAGAGGAUAUCUUAACAGGGUUCAAGAUGCAAUGCAGAGGAUGGAGGUCAAUAUACUGCAUGCCCUUGAGGCCUGCAUUCAAAGGGUCAGCACCUAUCAACUUGUCUGAUAGGUUGCACCAAGUCCUUCGUUGGGCACUUGGAUCAAUUGAAAUUUUCCUCAGCAGGCACUGUCCCCUCUGGUAUGGAUGCGCCGGUGGCCGUCUCAAAUGGCUGCAGAGAAUGGCAUAUAUCAACACCAUUGUCUAUCCAUUCACAUCCCUUCCUCUCAUUGCUUAUUGUACUUUGCCAGCAAUUUGUCUUCUCACUGGAAAAUUCAUCAUACCAACGCUUUCAAAUGUUGCAAGUGUUCUGUUUCUUGGCCUUUUCCUGUCCAUUAUAGUGACAAGUGUGCUGGAGCUGCGUUGGAGCGGUGUUACCAUCGAAGAUUUGUGGCGAAACGAGCAGUUCUGGGUGAUAGGAGGUGUUUCAGCACAUCUGUUUGCAGUGUUCCAAGGACUACUUAAGAUGCUGGCUGGUGUUGAUACCAACUUCACAGUGACAGCAAAGGCUGCUGAGGACACAGAGUUUGGAGAACUCUACAUAGUGAAGUGGACUACACUCUUGAUUCCUCCAACAACACUUAUCAUAAUCAACAUGGUUGGUGUUGUUGCUGGAUUCUCGGAUGCACUCAAUGGAGGCUAUGAGUCUUGGGGACCACUCUUUGGGAAGGUGUUCUUUGCCUUCUGGGUGAUUUUCCAUUUGUAUCCAUUCCUAAAGGGUCUCAUGGGUCGCCAAAACCGCACUCCAACCAUUGUUGUGCUCUGGUCAGUCUUGCUGGCCUCUGUCUUCUCUCUAAUUUGGGUUAAGAUCAAUCCAUUUGUCAACAAAAUUGACGAUGCUACCUUAGCUGAUACCUGUGUUGCUAUUGAUUGUUAACAAGCCACUACAAGUUUUGUGUGUAAGCAAGAAUUGUUAUCAUUAUACUAUGCUUUUUGGGUGGGUAGAAAGUCAGGUGCAGUCAAUUUCACGUGAAGUUGAUAACUGAGAGUCGUUAGAUAAAAAUUUAGUCAAAUCAUUCAAAUCAUUUAACGGCUCUUAGCUAUCAAUUUCAUAUGAAGUUAACUGUACCUGAGUUUUCACCGUGUUGGUUUGAACCCUCAAAAUUAUAUAAGCAACAUGUAGUCUAUGCUUACUAAUAGCUAAAAGGUUUGAAACACAGAUUCAAAAGUGUAAAGUUAGUUGCACAAUAAUCUCAACUUGGUUUAACUGUUGAUACAA